AUUUUGUUCUUUCAUUACUUUGGUUGAUUGAUUUAUCAAUAAAGAUUUGAUCUUUAAUUUCGUCCCCACUGAUACAGCUAUUAGUUUUGAUGUGAUUUAUGGUGGAGUUUGGCUAAUGUUUGUAUCUGUUAAUCAGACUUUCUGGUUUAGAAGAGAAUUGUUGGUAUGGUUAGUUGAUGUGGUUCAUGGGAAUUGGCAGCCUUUGUUGUGCACAAUUGGUUGAUCUUUUGCUGUCCAUAUUGACUCCAUUUUUUGAGUGUUUUUUGUUCAAAUAGUUAGGUGAACAACACUAUCAACCAGAUCCCUUCUGCACAACUGCCAGUCAACAACCUUGAUCUGUCCUCUCUUUCUCCUUCCUGCUUUGUGUAUAUUUAAGCACCACACCACAACCUGAAUUCUGCACCUUACAAUUCAGAGCCUUUUCGAUCUUAUACCACUGCAAAAUGGCCAGUGAUAAAACAUCAUGCCAAGAUGAGCGUGCAGGAGCGGAAAUUGUAUAUGGAGCUGAAGAGUGCUAUAAUCAUUCUCUUGAGCUCCUGAAAGAGUUGGGAUUUCCCAUGGGUGUCCUUGCUCUUAAAGACCUUGAAGAAUGUGGCUGUGUUCGCGAAACUGGAUUUGUGUGGAUGAAACAAAAGGCUCCGUAUGAGCAUUACUUCGUUGCAACAAAAACUCUAGUUAGCUAUGCCACAGAGGUCACUGCCUACGUGGAGAAAGGAAAAAUGAAGAAAAUGACUGGAGUUAAGAGUAAGCAACUAUUUAUGUGGGUGCCAAUAGUUGAGAUGAGCAUUGAGGAUCCUGCUCAGAACAAAAUUCACUUCAAGAUUCCUAUAGGAAUUGGAAAGUCGUUUCCCUUAACUGCUUUCAUGACUGACGAAGAGAAGAAGGCAUAUCUGGAGAAAGCUAACGAGUAGAGCAAUUAUCUAUAUGAUUGCCCUUUUUGCUUCUUUUCGGCUCAAUAUAUUUUUCUGUAUUUAUUUUUUCUGGCAUCAGGGCAUUGAUGCCUUUUGUUUUAUCUGAUUUUCAUAUGCUUGUUAAAAGAAUAAUCUUUAUGAACCAA